AUGAAACAGUGCUCUCAAAUUGUGACAGCCUUUACUGUAUGGAAUUUACUGGUUAAAAGGACUUGUAUUUUGGACUCCAAACAGCGGCAGCCUGCAAAACGAGUUGAUCCUCCCUAUUACUGGGAACACGAUCCUUUUGCUAUUCUUGGUGCUCUCAUGGCGAGUCCUCUAUUUGAUGCCUUGCGGGAUAUAAGCUCAAUAAUUCUUUGUGGUCGGGCUGCUUAUGGAUCAAUAUUUCUUUGUGGAUCUUUGCAGAGUCUAACGCGAGGUCAAUGA